GUCAUCUUCCAACUCACUCACCACCACUCCAUCCAUUGCUGCGCAGCGCAUCUCAUGCCACCCCGUGCCUCGACCUCCAAAGGUCCCCGUCGAGACGAUGAUUACGUCUACGACGACGAUGAGGCGGAUGACUUUGUAGCUGGCGGCGGCGGCGGCGGGGGAGGAGAGGACGACGAUUCGGGCGAUGACUUCCUCAUGGCAGAUGACGGCGACUUCGAUGAUGGCCGACACUUUGCUGCUGCCCGCCGUAAAGCGGCCAAGUCCGGGCGGGGUAAAGCAUCCGCAGCCGCAACUGCCAAGAAGAAGGGUGCUCUUGGUGGUCCAAGCAAGGAUGCCGGCAAGUCAUAUGCAUGGGAGUCAAGCUUCCAGCGCUCUUGGGAUGUUGUCGGGGAGGAUCAGAGUGGGAGCUUAGAGGCAUCGGUAAAGCAUUUGUUGGCGCAAGGCAAGAGGAAGAGGGCGGCUAGGGAAGAGAGGAGAGUGAGGAGAGGAAUCAUCAGGCACCUGGUCCUUGUCAUUGAUGAUAGCGAGAACAUGAACGAGAAGGACGGCGGCAGAGGGACGAGACUGGACCUUCUUCUCCCCAUAGCUCGUCGCUUCGUCAGCGAGUACUUUGAGCAGAACCCCAUCGGCCAGCUUGCCAUCCUCGCCAUGCGCGACGGAGUUGCAGACCGGCUUGUCCCCAUGGGCGGCAAUACGGCUGACCACUUGGCCGCCCUCUCCCCUCCUAAUCGUAAUCGACGGCUGGAGCCCCGCGGCGACCCAAGUCUCCAAAAUGCUCUCGAGAUGGCUCGAUCCACCCUCGCGCAUCUUCCGACGACCUCUAGCCGGGAGGUCCUGCUGCUCAGCGGGAGUUUGACCUCCUGCGACCCGGGAAACAUUCAUCAAACGGUCGCUGCACUCAAGGCAGCGGGCAUCAGAGUUGAUCUCAUCCACCUUUCGGCAGAGAUGAAGAUUUUGCGCGAUAUCGCCCAAGAGACGGGCGGGACGUUCGGGGUUGCCUUGAAUGAGGGGCAUCUGGAGGAUCUGGUGCGGGAGGGCGUCCGUCCGAGGGAGAUUGUCAAGAAAGAAGAGUCCGCGUCGCGACGGGUUGGCGAUGAGGACGAAGAUGGCGAGGACGACACGGGUGCCGAGUUGAUGCAAAUGGGCUUUCCGCUUCGCUUGCCCACACAUGCUCCUCCGACUCUGUGCGCCUGUCACGCCAAGCUCUACCCGCCCGCAGGUUUCCUCUGCCCCCGCUGUGGGUCCAAGCUCUGCGACGUGCCUACAGACUGUGCCGUCUGCGGCUUGACCGUCGUCAUGAGCACACAUUUGGCGCGCUCCUACCGCCAUCUGUUCCCCGUCAGGAGAUGGGUCGCAGUCAGCUGGGAGGAGCUAGCUCGACAGCGUGCGGCCAGGAGAAGAAAAUGGCAAAGAGCCUGCUUGGGGUGCGAUGAGGUCUUUCCGCCACUGCCGGAGGAGUAUGUGAGAGCGGUUGAGACAGCGACGCUAGCCACCUCGUCACGAUACGAGUGCCCAAAAUGCGGCAGCCACUUUUGCCUCGAGUGCGACAGCUACACACACGAGGAGCUGUACGUCUGUCCAGGAUGU